UUAAACGGUGCCCACGACGCUGUAAAAGGGAGAAACCCUUCUGUGGAUGGCAACAGACACACGUCAUUCCGCUUCUCUGAGUUUCCACUGGAACUUUUACUCUCUAUAGCACGCACAAAUUCUCUAAUGAAGGUCGAUUAGCAUUAGCUACUCCGACUUUUCCGAUUCUCCUUAGUAGAGUAAAUUACAUUCAGUUGAAUUUGCAUCAUCAAACAUGCGGUCGCUGUUGCGGAGGAGCAGCGAGAUGGUACUCAAUGGUGGAAUGUCAAAGACAGGGGUUGGUGAGCUGCGGAGGAGUAUGGUGACGAGCUGUAGAGCGGUGUUGUUGCCGCGGUUCGGCGGACCCGAGGUGCUGGAGCUCCGAGACGAUGUGGAUGUUCCUAAUCUCAAGCCUAAUGAGGUCCUUGUUCGCGCUCGCGCCGUCUCCGUCAAUCCGCUUGAUACCAGAAUGCGCGCGGGCUAUGGCCGUUCAAUAUAUGAACCACUUCUUCCAGUAAUCUUAGGCCGUGAUAUUAGUGGUGAGAUUGCAGCUGUUGGAAACUCUGUCCGAUCACUCACUGUUGGGCAGGAAGUGUUUGGCGCUUUGCAUCCUACUGCAGUGAGGGGUACUUAUACUGACUAUGCCAUUCUUGCAGAAGACGAACUUACCCUGAAGCCAGAAUCAAUUUCACAUGUGGAAGCUAGCGCUAUCCCCUUUGCUGCUCUGACCGCUUGGCGCGCACUGAGAAGUACGGCAAGGAUAAAACAGGGACAAAGGGUAUUAGUGGUGGGUGGAGGAGGAGCUGUAGGCUUUUCUGCAAUUCAGCUUGCAGUUGCUGUUGGAUGUCAUGUUUCUACAACAUGUGGAGGCGAAAGUAUAGACCGCAUCUUGGCUGCUGGUGCUGAGCAGGCUGUUGACUACACCAGCGAGGAUUAUGAAGCAUCAAUAAAGGGGUAUUUUGAUGCUGUGCUGGACACGAUUGGUGUACCUGAAACAGAGAGAAUGGGCAUCAAUCUUUUGAAGAGAGGGGGGCAUUACAUGACAUUACAGGGAGAAGCUGCAUCCCUCGCUGAUAUGUAUGGACUAGCAAUUGGAAUUCCUAUUGCAACAGCGAUGUUAGCAUCGAAGCAAAUUCAAUAUCGUUUUUCACAUGGAAUAGAAUAUUCGUGGACUUACAUGAGGGCUGACGCUGAAGGUUUACAUGAAAUUCGACGGUUAUCAGAUGUUGGCAAGCUGAAAGUACCUGUGGAAAAGACAUUUCCAAUUGUGCAGGUGAGAGAGGCCCAUGAGGCCAAGGAUAAAAGGAUCAUUUCUGGUAAAGUUGUUCUAGAACUUGACUAGCUCAGACCAACAAAUCCCACUGA